AUGACUACCAAUACCACUGUCCUUGAGUCAACCUUUGACCAUGCCGAAGAGACAAUCUUCGUGUACUGCAACUACAGACAUGAGAAGACAUUAAUGGGCAGAACAAAGGCAGAUGUAAACGGCCUUGAUAUGGGUAUCUCUUUUGUGUAUCUUAUGGAAAAUUUAGGCCUUCCUUUGCAUCCUUUCCAGUAUAUUCGCACGCGCAAUGAGCGCGACACAAGUUUUGGUGUCGCAGGAAAUAAUCGUUUCCUCCUAGAAACCGUUCCCAAAAUCUUUCCCCGACGAUGGGGUGUUCCACUUGAAGUGACGCAGCCAUUAUCUCAAUAG